AUUUGUCAAUAUAUAGUACAUGUUUUUAUGUAAAAUUUUCUACAAAAACAAACCAAUGCACAAUGACGCUGCUUCAUAACAACAACUGCGCACAACUUUCAACCAAUCACAGAAAAUGCAAAAACAGAAUAUAUUCAAUAAAUAGAGAACUGUUCUUUUAAAUUUUAGAUGCAAGAACGUGCCAGGAGCCCAUAGAUCUUAGAUUUGUGUGGUGAAUUACAAAUUGGAACCAUGCCGAUUUGAAAGCGAGAUCAUUCAUAAAAGAUCUCCUGGAUCACUUUGUAGUUUCUCCUAACAAUACACGCAUUUCAAUGAUGAGCUUUCUGGCUGGACGUGGAAUUUCUUGAUCCCAAUCAGUUUUAACCAAACUUUCUCAACCAAACAAGACCUGCAUACCGCUAUUGAUAAUGCUUCAAUUUCUUCUUAUAAUUCUUAUUGGUGGUAUGGUUCAGGGCCAUUGAACUUCGCUUACAAUGAAAUGUUUCAAGAGAGAAGUGGAGCUCGGAGCUCACAAGGUAUAAAGAAAAUACUCGUGGUAUUGGUAGAUGACUACUUAUAUUUCAAUAUUGAUCAAGCACAGAGACUAAAAAACAACGGCGUUAUAAUUUACUUUGUCGGCUUUGGUCCUUGGGCUUACGAAUAUCAAUUGAAUACACUGGCUUCAAAAAAAGAUCCCGUGUUUAUGUUAAUUAUAUCUGAAACACAUACUUCAACGACCACAAAAAUGUCCUGGGCUAUUUUCAACGCAAACUCCUUCUAUCUCUUGUGUGGAACAGAUGCAAUGGCAUUGGUAUUUGGGUAAAAUUUUGCGCAGCAAUACAAUUUAAUCGGCACCCAUCUCAUUGACGUGAGCUGCACAGCAAUCUACAACCAGACUCACGCGUUCAUCACGACUCCACUCAAUGGAUGUGGCACUAAGUAUUCUGAAACAAACCAAGAAAUAUUUUUCAGCAAUACAUUGACUUCCACAACACCAGUUACCCCAC